AUGCCGGGUAUCAUCAUGGAUGCUGCUAACGCGAGUGGACCGGGGCGGGAGACCACCCGGCAUGACGUUCUUCAAGGCGCUGUCUCAAACACUUCCCUCCCAUCGCAGAAUAACGGAAACUAUUCAAACGGCCCUGCUCACACGAAAGAUGCUACCAAACCCACCAACCCUUCACUCGAUGAUUCCUUGCCGCCUGAGUUAGUGCAUAUCAGUCAGGGAUUCUUCCCCCUCGGUCAACUCAUCAAUAGGGCCGCCCAACAGUGCUGGAAUGACUUGACCGAUCUCAUAGCUGAGCUGGCCGAUCCGCAAACAACAGCAUUGAAUUCCUCUUCGCAUGCCGCAUCCGCAGCCACGGCCAACGGGAAGUACCCUUCCAGCCAGUCCGCCGAUCAUGCCCAGAAGAAAUUGCGCAUUCUAGAAUUCGCCCAGUCGAAACGGGCUGAUUUCAUCAAGAUUCUCGUGCUUUCUCAGUGGAGCCGGCGCGCAGCUGAUGUUUCCAAGCUCAUAGACAUUCAGGCUUUCAUUCGUAUGAGGUAUGACUGCUAUAAUGGCGCCAUAUUGUCUAUUGGUGAGAUGAAGCGCGACUUGAUCAGAGCUCAGACUGCCAAUCCGGAUCUCGCGGUGGCUUUGGAGGUUUUAUCAACUGGCAAAGUUGCUGCCAUGAAUGAGUGUUCAUUUAUCCCCCCAAAACCCCUGACGCCGAAAAUGAUGCUUAAAACAUUGAGGAAAAUUAAUAAGGCGAUCCGGACAAGGCUCGUACUACAUGACCAGAUCCCCGCUGCAUUUACAAAUUAUGUGGUCCAUGAUGGCAGGGUCACGUUUAAGGUUCCAACGGAAUUCGAAGUCGAUUUGUCCAUUGCACAAGAGGAUCGUUCCUCCCAAUUUUUCUUCGUCGAUAUUCGAUUUCUAUUCUCCCCUUCGCCGCCCAAACCAACAGGAAGACUCUUAGAUGAGCUAGACAAUAGGGUAAAUGCCAUGCUCAUGCACUCCGGCCUGACAGGCUGUUUUAACCUGUUGCAUAAUUUGGUUUUAUCAAACAAAAUCACCAUACUGUUUCACCAAGCGAUCGAGCUAGCUCGAGGUCCCUGGCUUGAUACUUUACGUGUGGAGGUCUUGCAUCGCACUCUAGUCGUCCAAUACUGGAUUAAUAGACCUAGACCGAAGAGUUGGAUCGAGAUCGGUAUAAAAAGUGGCCGCCGCAAGAUUCAGAUACAGGAUUGUUCGACUCCGGCAUCUCCCCUGCUAGGCUUGAGAUGGAUGAGGGACGGCAAGGAAGUACAGUCUAAAUAUAUCAAAUUUGACCUAGAACUUCUUUCGACAGAAGCCAUCCUCCGCAGCGUUAUCGCUUUGCAUGUUUCCUACCUGCUCCAAUCAACAUACGUCGGCUUAUCGCAAGGACGUCUCUACGCCAGUGGAGCGCUUUCUGUCAGCCUUCAAACAUCCAUGACUGAACCAGGAGACUGUUUCCUUGACGUUCAGCUCACAAAGGGCCGGGACCUCAGAGUGAUGAUUGAGCCGGUUUCUGGAACUAUCAUAUUCCGCUCAACACCUCUACUAUUAAACCGUCAUGACAUGGAUCGAAGUUCCGAAAAACCUGUUGUCGAUGAUAUACUCUUUCGUAUCUCUCGUCUUCGAUCAGCGGCUGCCGUAGAUGAAGUUGAAUCAUUGUCAAGCGCGUUUGGUUGGCAGACAGUGAACUCACGCGACAUCAGAGGCGAGGACCUUCGGCGUAUUUUCCCUGCGAAUACCCUUCGAUCUAUACUUUUCUUUCGCAAAUCCUGGGAACGCAAUUGGGGUGUUGCAUAUACCUGCAGUAUGGACGGGGAUCAUUGGUGGGUUGUUGAGCUACGUACGCCAUCAAGCCAAAAAGGCCCCCUCUCUCCUCAAUCCGCUCGUAUGGUAACAGGUAGAUAUGGGGGUUCGCCUCAUCGGUUGAACUACGGUUCCUUUGGCCAAUUGGAUCAUGCCCUCUCGGGGGUGCUUGCUAUCCACGCCAAUGCUCGCUGUCUUUCGGAUCUUCAUGGAAUCCACCAUUUUCCUUCCCUGCCAAGUCUCGUUUUGGGCCCGCACCUCCAUGUCCCAAAUAUCUUCAUAAGGUUCCGGACCGUCUCCCUCCCACCCGCGCUACAGAUUUCUCCCCCUAUCGCAAACAAUGGGAAACCCCCAAUUAAGGACACGAUCCGUCUAUCAUUCCGGGGCAUCGAUCCAUCAUCACAGUGCGCCGUAAUGAUAGCUUAUGGGUAUUUCUCGAGAGAAAUAAAAGGCAUUAGUCUUCUAGCCGUUCGCCUCGACCGAAGCGUAGCAUUCCAGCCCAAUGGUCGUGCGUUUGCGAUGCGCUUCCUGACUCCCGUAGGCCAACCCGUAAUUAUCCAACUCCUCGCGCGCCUACAACAGCUAGAACGUAUAAUCUCCACCCUCGAGAUCCUGAAACGAAAAUCUCUGAAACCACUAUCGCUCACACUCACCCGCGUAAGGUUUGCAUAUGCAGCGGAAGGAAACGCGCGCGCCAGCAUCAAUUUCAACUACCACGAACAAGCCGUACUAUCCGGCAUCGACUCCAUCACACGAUUAUCUAAACAGGCCCCUCUCAUGAUCCUACGAACAACCAUGGACUUCCACCCUCAAAGCCCCCACCGUCGCAUCAAGGAGUCGUUAACUGCUACACUUAACGGAACACUGCGGCCCCGAACGUUUACAUGCAUAGACACCGUCCUGCAAUUGCUCAUCGUUACUCUACCAGUCCUCAAGGCUUUGGAUCACAUUUCCAUCGACCCACAUGCCGAUCUACCAGGGAACUCCAGACUCCAGAUCAUCUCCCGAAGCUCAAAGAUAUUCCACCUCCGCUACCCCUCGGUCCGCUACCGAUUCUGCAUAUACGCUGCCUUACGGCGGGAUCGUGUUGUCUGGGUGUUGAGGGAUUUCACCAGUCCAGCUGAGAAGGACACCCGAGAGCCUCUGGAGGAAAAGUUGAGAGAGACCAUUUACAAUGCCCGCCGGGAUGGAUGGCAAGGGAUGGGUAAUGGUGCCCUUGCUGAUUCGGAGAGUGUUGGAGCUCUCCUCUCCACGCUGCAUGGGGUUAUGACGGAUUAUCUUUCUUCCGUGACGGGUAUUCCGGUGCGGGGAGGAGGUGCUAGCGGUGGUGGCACACUCCCGGAUGGGGAGAAACCUGUUCAUAAUAAUUUCGCUGGUAAAGAUACGGAUAAUAAAUCAAAGACACAAUCGGGCCAGGCGGGUAUGACGGGCUUGCAGGGACAUCCUGGUAGUAUGGGAUGGACAAAGGGGCUAGCAGCAGCGAGACAGACAACGGAUAAUAGCGAUAUUGGGAUGGCAGGGCACGCGCCAUCCGACCCCGGAGCCAUGAAGCAGAAGCUGAUGAGUGCUCAGAAUAAGGAUAAUAGGAAUAUCGCCGCGAGACCUGCUGUCAACGGUAAUAGUAAGGGCAUCAGCAACGGCAACGGUAUGGCUUUUAUCACGAUUGACUGA